AUCAACUUCAGAUAACGUGAUUCAAUCGAUUUAGCAGGGAGGUAUUUUACUUCCUGCGCGGCCGCAGCUCCUUCCUUUUAGUUGAGCGUGUCAGCCAUGGCUCCAAUAAAGAAGCUGGUGGCCAGGAAACCGGGUGGAAAGAGGAAGAAGCAGACCCUGAAGUUCACUCUGGACUGCACUCAUCCCGUGGAGGACGGCAUCAUGGAUGCUGCCAACUUUGAGAAGUUCUUGCAGGAGCGUAUUAAGGUGAACGGCAAAGCUGGAAACCUUGGUGGAGGAGUGGUCUCCAUCGAGAGGAGCAAGAGUAAAAUUGCCGUGAACUCAGAGGUUCCCUUCUCAAAAAGGUACUUGAAAUAUCUCACCAAGAAGUAUCUAAAAAAGAACAACCUCAGGGAUUGGUUGCGGGUUGUGGCGAACACCAAGGAGAGUUACGAGCUGCGCUACUUCCAAAUCAACCAGGACGAGGAAGAGGAGGAAGAAGAUUAAACCAAAUAUCUCUAAUAAAAUAUCACCAGACAAAA